AUGCGUCUUGCCGCUUCUCUUCAUGUUGCGGUUCUUCUUGCCGCCGCAGAGGUUACAAUGGCUACUCCCAGCCCCAGCAUCACUGCUGCUCCCACGGCCUCGAACAAUCUCCUCAACACCGCCACAUCCGAAAAGCCCUCGGUAUUCACCACCAUCUCGUGCAGCCCCAAUGGAAACACUGAGGAGGCAGGUGAAUAUGUCAGACAUAAUUGCAAGGUGUAUGAGCACAGGCUCAAGGAGCUGGAGAGCGGUGCUGGGUUUGCUGUGCCGUUUCUGGGCAGUCUCUGGGAAAUGGCCGCAGCGGCUGUGAUAGUCAUGCUGUUUUGA